AUGUGGUGUUCAAAGGUCGCCUUAGGUUGUCCUUUGAAUUUUGGAGAAAGGACACUUGAUGCCUACCUGAUAGUGUUCAAGCUGCUUAGGUUUGACAUCGUAUUGGGUAUGGAUUGGCUAUUUCAACACUUCACGAAUAUCAAUUGUCGGAGCUGUGUGGUUAGUUUUCAACUCCCUGGAGAGGACUACAUGAAAUUCGUGAAAAGUAACCUAAAGUCAAGACCCACGAUCAUAUCUGCGAUCCAAGCGAAGAAGGACGUGGCAAGUGGGGCAGAUGCCUAUUUGGUUCAAGUGGUGUCUAAACCAUCAGAGAAGAAGUCUGUAGCAGGAAUCCCAGUCGUUGAAGAGUUCUCUGAUGUCUUUGUAGAUGACCUCCUUGUAUUACCUCCUAUUCGCGAUGUCGAGUUUACUAUUGACCGGGAACCUGGAGCAGCUCUGAUGCACAAGGCUCCUUUCUGA